CUUUCUUGCAUAAAAAUCUUUCCAAACAUCUCCUCUAAUCCUGGCCUGUCCUAGUCCGGACAUCCAAGCCCAAGCAUCUUAUAAUACAAGUUAUGGCACAAGACAACAUCGUCGACGGACCCUUCGGAGGGUUCGGGGGACAACCCUACCGUGAACAACAUAACAGUCAGAGAUUAAAAAAAGUUGACGCAUGGGGAACGAGCUAUGCAGGUUACUUUGUUCUUGGUGGGUUUCAACUUACAUGGCCUGAUGGCCACCAGAGCGAUCUCGUCGGCAAGAUAGAUGCCAAUCACCAUUCCUCGUUUAACUUUGAUGACGAUGAAAAAAUCACGUCCAUGAUUGUCUAUGCGGGAGACGGGGAAGGUUUUGUCAAUGGAAUCCAUUUCGAAACCAACAAACCCCAACAUGGCGCUUUCGAUGUCGGUGGCACCGAGGGAAAACAAAAUCCACUUGAUGUCGGAAAUGGGGAGUGGGUGGGAGCUGAAUCGCGAGAUCCAUCAGUACCUCAUGAUGGAGGCGCCGAAGGAGUUGUGGAUAAUAUCAGGGUCUACUUCAACGAAUAGAAGUCUGGAGUAAAAGCCUCAAUCUAGUAGUCAUGAUAUUCGACUAUUUGCAUUGGUGACUUCAAUCCCUCCAUGGUCCCAGUACUUUUGCUGAGUGGUGGUGCCUGUUUCGUUCAAUAUGCCUCAGUAUGGGUUUUUCCCCCUUAUAACACAGGUUUUCCCCAUGCUGUCUUGUGAAUGCAGAGGCAAUUCAAUAUUUGUCUACUCUUAUGGUUCGGGAUGAUAAAAUAUAAUGCACAUCUCCCUCUAG